AUGCCAAAGAAAAAACAAAUCACCCCCAAUCCGCUUGUUGGCAAUGGGUCGAGCCCCCAAAGCAAAAAUGAGGAUGCACCGCCAGCCUCCUGCUUGCCUUCCAUCUCGAGUGUUGAGUUCAAGCCGGUCGGGCUGUACAAUUUAGGAAACACCUGCUUUUUCAACUCCACGCUGCAGGCUCUCCUUGCCACGGAGUCCCUGAUUUCGAAGCUCGGGAUCCCUUCCGUUCUAUACACAUACGACCCUUCAAGUUUGGGGGAGAAAUCUCCAAAACUCCGGGAUUCCGAGCCCUCGGCCCUGAUUUCAGAGGCCUCAAAUAUCAUCUGCGAGGAUUUCCAGAAAUUGGAGGAAAACUUUUUGGAUUACGAUGAGCCGGUGAGUCGCUUGUUUCCGCAUAGCGUCAAUUCGUUGAAUGGAACCACCGAGAUUUCGUCCUUUUUGUCAAAGUCGAUCCAAUUGCUUGCGCUGAUGAGCACGUUUCGUUCAUUCGCCAUUGAGAUUCGCAAGGAUUUUUUCCUUUCCUCGCUUACGCAAAGCCAAUCGUUUUCGUAUUCGCCUAGAACUUUUCUGACGCGAAGCUCAAGCGCUCUAACUUGCCCAACGGCGUGCCCCAAGGCAUUGUUUUACUCGAUUGCGUUCAAAUGGCCUGUAUAUAGACGGCUACGGCAGCAAGAUGCACACGAAUUUCUGCGCCUUUUUUUGGGGUUUCUUGGCGACGAAGAGGAGAAAAUUAUUUUGAAAAAAAAAUCCGAGCAGCGGGAAGACCGAUGUGCCCAACCCGUGGAGAGCCCCUAUGUUUUAAUUGAGCACACUCCGAAGCGCGGAGAGGCGGAAAAAAGUGCUGCCGCCAUUUCGCCAACAAUUGUGAACCGCGUGUUUGCUGGCUUGACGGCGUCCACGAUUCGCUGCCACCAUUGCAACAAUGAGCCUUUUUUGGACAUAAGUCUUGAUCUGGUUCCUUCACCAAAAAAAACACCUCUUUUCCCGAGCUUCUCGUCUGGAGUUUCUCUUGUUGCGUUAUUGGAGAAAUAUUUUGAAGUGGAUCACCUGAACGACAACUAUUUAUAUGACUGCGAGCAUUGCUCUCGAUUGGCAAAGGGUGAGUCGAUUCCGAAGGCCAGCAAUAGCAGCACCGAUAGCCAUUUGACGGGCAGCAGCGAAGAAAAGGAAGAUGGCGCACAAAGUUUGCCGCGCCAAUCCGAGGAUGGCGAGGCUGCAGCAGAAUCCUAUCUUGGCUCACUUUCAGAUAGCCUUUCAAGUAUUUCUAUUUCUUCGCAGACCGAUUCGUGCGACUUGCUCAAACCCCCGAAACUCGGAAGCAGCAAUGGAAGCUUUAAUGCAGCGCCCAGCUCCUCGUGCACUAAAAAGCUACCAACUUUUAGAAAGGCAGAAAAGUGGUAUCGCAUUGAGAUCUUCCCGGAAGUCCUUGUUCUUCACUUGAAACGCUUUUCGUCCGUUUCUCGAGGACGCUUUGCCAAAAGCGCGGAAAGGGUUAUUGUCCCUCCGCAACUGGACAUGUCGCCGUUUUUCAACGGUGAAAUGCUGCCAAACACCAAGGUUUUAUAUGAGCUAUAUGCACUUGUUAUCCACAUUGGGUCCACCAUGGAGUCUGGACAUUAUGUUGCCCACGUGCGAAUGAACACUGCGUCUGGUCCCUUUUGGCAUACUCGACAGAUGCCUACAUUUUGUUUUAUAAAAGAAUAUCAUGAAGACAGUGAUGGUGGUGGUAGUGAUGGUGGUGGUAGUGAUGGUGGUGGUAGUGAUGGUGGUGGUAGUGAUGGUGGUGGUAGUGAUGGUGGUAGUAGUGCCGGUGGUGGUGCUCGUACACACCUCGAUGCAUAG